UCCCGCAAACUGAUGCAUAGUAGGAGAAGAGAAUAGAUAAGAAAAAGAAGCAUGACUUCCAAAAACGACUACGUUUCGUACGGCCCUCUCCCACCAAACCCUUACUCCGCCACCCCACAAAACGUCGUCGUUCUCCCAUAUUACCGCCCACCUCCGCGUAACCACACAAACCACCUUCUCCGCCAAUGCCUCUGCUAUGCCGCCGCCUUCCUCUUUUUCUCCGCCGCCGCUUACUUCCUCUACCCCUCCGACCCAACUCUCCAACUCGCCCGAGUCCACCUCAAUCGCGUCCGAGUCAACUCAUCCCCUUAUCUCACCCUCGAUCUCUCCUUCUCCCUCACGGUGAAGGUCUACAAUAGGGAUUUCUUCUCCCUCAACUACGACUCUCUCGUGGUCUCCGUCGGUUACCGGGGGAGAGAGUUAGGGUUUGUGAGGUCCGCAGGUGGCCGAAUUAGAGCUAGGGGAUCGUCCUACGUGAACGCUACGCUAGAUCUCAACGGUUUCGAGGUCAUUCACGACGUUUUUUACUUGCUCGAAGAUUUGGCGAGAGGUGUCAUUCCUUUCGAUACUGAUACCAAGAUCGAGGGAAAUCUUGGGCUUCUUCUCUUUAAUAUUCCUUUGAAGGCUCGAGCAUCUUGUGAAGUCUAUGUAAACACUAGCAACCAAACUGUAGUUCGCAAAGAUUGCUACCCUGAGUGAUGGCAUAGAGAACCUAGAAUAACUUCAAUGGAACAUCAUAAAUACAAGGUGGGCGCACAGCUUAGAGAGUCUGGAGGUGACUGUUGUAUGUAUGACGAUUGUGGUUAACCCAUGGGCUAUUCUUCCACUAAUCAGUUAGGUUGGUCAUUAAUGUUAAUUCUAUACUACAGAUUCAGAAGUAAAGAAGUUUUUUUUUUCAUUUGUAAAUUUGUUUUCUUCUGAAUCAUUGUGUACUUAUUUGGGAUAUUUCCACAAACACGAAGUUUAUCUCUACUCUGUACGUAAAAAAACUCUAUACGAUGAAUGAAAUGAUAUUAUAUAAACUGGAUCCUUUUCGUCUACUGACAAGUUUUGGAGGAUAAAACUUCAGUUGAUUGCAUGUGCAUCUAAUUUUAGAAAUGUAAUCUAUUGUCUGGUUGAAGAAUGAUUCUCUUCGAGACUCAUUUACGAACUCACUAAUAAAUGAAUGGUUUUUCAAGACUUUGUUAGACUUGCUACAUUGGUAAUAUAGUCGUUAAUGGCUAUUUAUGCUCUCUAGUAAAAGGUUGAGUUUAGUACUGCUAAUCUGGUGUCAUGUAAUGAUCACAAUGGGUUUACCGAUUUAGCAAUGGCGUGGUGUAGAUAUAUAUAUAUUUUUAAUUGGAUAUAUAUUGUAAAUUUCCGCUGUUUAGUAUUGAUUUGCAUAUGGAAUUAUGGUCAGUUCGAGUUAGAUAGUGUAGUAGUAAAUAGAUUUGAAAUGCUAGUUGUGCUUGGUACUGUAUCUAGAAAAGUUGGGGAGUUAUAGGUAAAUGAAAAUGAUCCCAUUUCGCUCUUUCCAAAGUAACUUGCUAUAUAUGAAGUGAUUUUACUUGUCUAGGUGCAACCACACUUUGGUGGUGGCUUAUGAAUGAAUCACAAUUAAAUACACUUUUUUUGUCUUUUAUUUUCAUAAAGGACUCUUUGCCUUUGUUCGUUUUAAACGUGUUAUUUAUAGCAGCAUAAGCUGCGUGAUCUAGGUUUGCAUAACGUGACGAUUUCUGGAUUUAGUUGAGUAUUGCUAAGUAAGGGCGCCUUUGAGAAAGCAUUUUUUUUAUUUAUGGCAAUUUAGUAUUAAGUUUCACUUUAUUUAAUUUAAAAUAUAAUAUAUCAUAUUUAAUAUAUAUUAUAUAUUUUUUGAACAGAUCAUAUCGAAAAAAAAUUCUUUUUGAGAAAGGGUUGUAUCUAAAUCUAAUUUUAUUUAGAAGAAAACCCUUUUAGAGCAUGAGCAAGGGGGUCAGUAUUAAUCAACGGCAUCAGCCAUAACAAUAUUUUCAAUACACUAAAAUAACAUUUAGAAUUAUGAUCAUAACGCUCACCAAAGAAGAGGUUACAAAUUUGAAUCCCCUCUUCCAAUGUAAGAAAAAAAAAAAGCAAAAUAAAACAAAACUUGAAGUGAUAUUAGGCAACAUAAUCAUCAAACAAAAAUUAUAUAACACGAUUAAGUAAUAUCGCAGUAUAAAAAAAUAAAAAUAGAAUUACUUCAAAUUCACAACUAAUGAAAGAAAGGAAAUUAAAAAAAAUACAACAUUUUUUUUUUAUUAUGAGAAAAAAAUAUACCUAAGAUUAUUUAAAUGAAUGAUCAACCUUAAUUUCCUAUAUUUAUACUUCAUAAAAAAAAAAAAAAUGGUAAAAUUUUAUGACAAUCCAGAUUUUAUUAUUAUUAUCCAGGUUUUAUUUAUUUGUUUGAUUACUUUGUAAUUCAAAAACUCCGAAUACCUUUACUGCCAAAGAAGAAGAAAAAAACACUCCGGAAACGAGCAAUAUCCUAAGAGCAUCUUUAAUUCACAAUAUGAAAUAAAGCAUUAACGAAUAUGCCUAAUUUAGCAGCUUUAACUUCUAUUUCAUAAUAAAAGAUGACAAAUAAAGAAAAAGUACAGAUGAAGUACGUAGUUUCUCUUUUCUUAUCCUUCCCUUCUAUUUCGUUUAUUUAAUUAUAAGAAAUAUAUUACAUGUUUGAUGAAAGAGUAGUUUUUGUACACGUACGACAACUUAUUACGAUCGAAAACAACAGUAGACCUAAUUAGCUAGCAUUAAUAACUUGUUUUCUAACAGUUCUACCAGCCCAGCUAUACUCAGCCUGAUGUUGCCUACACCGAAACGACCCCGGAUGUUGGGUGGGCGAGCACAAGCAGUACUGCUUCACGCGGGGGCCACUACUGCCUUCUCCCGCUACCUCAGCAGCCUCGGCUGAGGCCACGCCCACUAUGGUGGCCUCCAAAGCAUGCCAUCUUCGUUGCAAUGUUAAGUCCCUAAGAUUAUUAACCAAAGCCACCCCCGAAUAACACAUGUUAAGAUGUUGUUACUUGUUAUCUCUCUCUCUCUCUCUC